AUGGUCUCAUAUCCUGACGAGGCCUCGCGCACUCUUUCCUUCCGCCCAGCGCCCUCCGUAACCUCCUCCCACUCACGCGCCACGACCUCCCGGCGACAUCGACACCACCGCUCCCAGGGCAACGAGUUCCCUAUUUUCAGCCAUACGGGCGACGUCGAGAUCGUCAUAGCCUCCGGCCGCAAAGAGCAGCGCUACCUCCUACACCGGCUGAUCCUAGCGCAAUGCUCAGGCUUCUUUGAGGCCGGCACCAGCGAAGAGUGGUCUCGCGCACAGCAGAUAGGCGAGAGCAGUUCAGCAGCCCACCAAGCGCGCUUCCCAAACGGCGCGCCCAACGCAGAAACCGCGCCGCGAAGAAGAUGGCGCUAUGAGUUGGACUGGGGCACCGGACCCGACUCCAUCCCCAUGCUCGUCCAGAAAGACCCCUCGUCCCCCACAUCCACCCUCUUCGGCGGCGACCACACCGCGCGCCCCCCACCCGCGCGCAACAAGCCGCCCGCACCAACCCCCUCUUUCUUCCGCAGCAUGGCGAAUCUCUCCUCGCUAGGCGUCUCCUCGACCUCCUCUCACGCCUCGACCUCGCACACAUCCCACACCGCCGAUGCCUCCGACGACCUCCUGCGGGACUACUCAAACCUCUUCCGCAUCUUCUACAACCACGCCCCCACGCUUGACAGCCUGAAUAUCGCAAACGCGUACGUGGAAUCAAAAUCCCUCCUCCAGCUCGCAGACCUCUACGACGCCCUCGAUGUCAUCGGUCCGCGCGUGGACCACCAUCUCCUCCGCUUCCAAGGGCGGCUGUUCAAGCAAAUCGCCAAGUACCCGCCCAGCUACCUCAAACUGGGGCAUCUGGCGCGGAGCCGCGUCAUCUUCGCCGAGAGCUUGGUGCACGUGGUGGGACAGUGGCCAGCCGGGGCCGCGCAGCUGCGGGGACAGGUGCCGGAGUCCGUACUCGAGCUCAUCCUGGAUCGGGUGGACGAGCUCGAGGAGAUGAAAAGCAGAGUCGAGGCCAAGCUGUGGAGACUCACGCUUACGACGCCGAGAGGCGAGAGGGUUACCCCUGCCAACGCGUGGCUGGAUUGGUUGGCCAUGAGUUUGUUCAGGCAGUGGCUCGCGGAGAACACUACGCCGGCACCCGCGCCGAUUCUGAAGGACGCGGGUAGCAGGCGCGGUGGAGGGGGAGGGGGAGGGGGAGCAGCGAGGCCGGGCAGCAACCAAAGCACCGCCUCCCUCGCCCUCUCCUCCUCCGCUGCGCCCAACUCCCACACCCCCCACGCCGCCCCGCUAAACACGGGCCGCGUAUUCCGCCUCCUGGGCCAAGGCGGCGCCGCAUACCUGAACCACGACGACUUGAAGCGCUUCUUGAAGAUCAACCCGGAGUUCUACACCCGGGAAAAUCUGAGGAAGUUUGAGCGAAGAAUGGAUGAGUUGAAGAAUCUGGCGAGGGAUGCGGUCAAGCCGCUUAUGAGGAACUUUUUGGAGCUGGAUUUGGGCAGGGAGGGGUGUGGGGGGCUGCCGUAUCUGACAUGCACGAAGGUCGAGGAUAUGGAGUUUCCGUGGGAGGAAUAG